GUUUGCUGGGAACCAAACACAUCAACUCUUUCAGCGCUUGUGUAUUUCGGCCAUUUAUUGUGUUUUUAAUGUAUAAUUUGUACCGGUGAAAUGUCAGACACUACCGAAGUGACGGAGGUAUCGAUUGAUGCUGUGCAGAAUGCGUCUGAUGAUGUCGAUAUAUACUGCGAACCGUGUUAUACGGAUAGAAAAAGCACUGUAGCUAAAGGGUUUUGCGUACAGUGUGAGGAAUAUAUUUGCGAUACAUGUAUUAAACAUCAUAGAAAGUUUUCGAUGUCUCGUUUGCACACAGUUCUUGAUCAAUCCCAAAUGCCGACGAACUACAAGAAACAAGAACCACAAGCUGCGGAAUGCAUUGAGCCUUGUAUCAAACAUCGGAAGGAAAUCAUUAAGUUUUUUUGUAAACCUCAUAAAGUUCUUGGUUGUUCUGUUUGUAUAAUGCUUGAACAUCGAACAUGUGAUGUCGAAUAUAUUCCAGAAGUAUCUAUAAACUUCCGUUACGCCAACGAGUAUAUCGCAACAAAGAAAGAGUUAACAGAUUUGAUCAGGAAUGUUGAAGCGAAGGUCCAGAAAUCGUGCAGUAAGCUGGAUUAUGUUCACGAAAUGUUAACGUUAGAAAUCGAAGAAAUAAAAUCUUUUCGUUUGGAAGUAAUUUUAUUUUUAGAAACCAAAGAAAGAGAAUUAUUGGACAACAUCCAUUCACUUAGACAAAAGAACAUGAACAUAAUUAACAAGGUUAAAUCAGAGGCAGAACAAAUCGGAGAACGCCUGCUUGAAAUGAAUGGGUCACUGGAUGAUGAAGAUGCUAACGAUGUUCAGCUGUACAUGGCGGCAAAAGAUAUUAAAUCACAGUUUGAUGAUCUGAGAAACCUAGUCGCUAAUGUCGGAAGCACUGCAAGCUUCAGUGAAUUUUGUUUCAAGAAGGACGCAGCAACGGCAUCUAUUUUACAGUCAACCGUUGCCUUUGGAAGAAUUGAGGCUAAUGACCUGAGUAUUUGGCACCAGUCCCAUCCGAAAGAGUGUCUACUCACUGCUAGUAUAAACCUGGGAACUACAUACACUGGCAUGGUCUAUAUGUUGCCGGCGACAUCUUUUGUUGGUACUCUGGUUUUCCACCAAAAGGGGCUUGUUGAAAACGUUCCAGCAAGUUUACUGCUUCAGCCUGAUGAACAAACAGUUGAAGCGUUUGGGUUUAAUGCCGAAGAUAAAUACUCAAAAUUGUCGGAGGAAAACAAGUGUAAAUGGUAUUACUUUAAACGGUUUUGGAUGCAGAUUAAUGAGAACAAGUGUCUAUCUUUAGACACAAUGAUAAGAGAUGAGAGAGAGAAGGGACUGAAAGCUUCGGCUGUGAUUUCAUCACUUCUUAAAAACGUUCUUGAGGAAUUCUUUAUAUCGCCUGCGAUAAGCAAAGCAGGUUUGACGCCGACGGAUAUGCACUUGAUUUUAACAGUGCCUGGUACUUGGAAUAACGAUGCAAAAACGCUGAUGAAACGUGCAGUCCGACUGACUGGUGUAAACCUGGGAAACUUGAGCGUAGUUAGCGAAACCGAUGCGGCAUCCGUCUUUUGUUUACGUGGUGACAUUUUCCAAGAGGAUAUUCCCAAGCCAAACACACGUUACAUUCUUUGUGAUUUAAAAGACGAAAGAUUGGACCUUACUUUGCACGAGGUGGACAACAAGAGGAAAAUCAAGCAUUUGGUUACUGAGCAUGAUUGUUCACUUGGCCUAUCUAUUGUUAAUGAUGCUAUCGAAAAAUUUAUCAAUUCCCUGGCUGGUUGUGAUGUUAUGACAUGCCUAAGAAUGGAGCAUUCCGAAGAUUAUCGGAGUUUAAUGGAAGAUUUUGUGGAGACUCUUAGGCAUGUUAAUCUUGCAUCGAGUAAAUUAUCGAUCCGCAUAUCAGAAUCGUUACUCAGAACCGUCGAAAAAAUGACAUCAAGAUCUUUUCAGGAUCAAAUUCAAUUGUCCUUGAUCAAUAAGGGGGUGAAACUGUUAAGCUGCUACAAAUUACGGAUCGACAAACUUGUGUACGAUUCACUUUUUGAUGCAUUUAUAAAGGGUACAGCUGCUCGGAUACGGACAUUUAUAACAAAGCAUGAUCAUAGGAUUAAUCAAAUACUGGUGGUAAGUCAAUUCGUUAUACCUGAACCACUACAAGAAGGGGUUAGAACAGCUUUGUCAGACCUGAAAGUUGUAAUCCCAACCGAGCAUUCACAUGCAGUUCUCCAUGGUGCCACCAUGUGGGGUCAACAGGCGCUUUGAUUCGCAAUAUAAUUUGGUGUUAAGUUUUUGGAGUAUAUGGUUACACUGUCGUGAUUAUUAACGCAUGAUGUAUUUUGGUUAUUUUCUUGUUAUGUAGGGGUAGGAUGAAGUACUAAUUAACAACAAAAUAACAGCUUUUUAGUAUGUUGUCUUAAGUACGAUUGUUUGAUCCGAGUUUGAAUAUAACUGUACUAUUAUAUUGUUAUCAGGAAAAUGUACCUUUCUUACAUUUGUUUAUGAAUAUCUAAAGUUUAUAAAAGAACAUUUACAUAAUUUCUUUGACAUUUAGCGAUUUUUUCACAUUUUUUCUCAUUUAUUAAUGCACUCUUAUGAAGUCAUCAAUCGCACAAAGUAUAAAUGUACAAACAUGAGUGGUUUUACAUUUUCAUAUAAAGUACCAACUCUCUUAACCUCACACAUGCACACACAUAUUAAAAAACACAUACAUAAACUUGCACACAUAUACAGACAAGAAAAAAUAACAUAUGACAGUAAAUAACACAAUUCAAAAAGAUAAUAACAUCGAAGUAGAAUUUAACAUUUCUCUUGUGAUAAGUAUACCUCCUUUCUCACAUAUGUUCAUAAUGCACUCACAAUUACACACACAUACACACGCACACACACCUCGCACACUCUCACACACUCAACAUGUAUUUUACGACAUGUUUAACAGUUUGUAUUAUGGAUAAAUAUAACAGUAGUAAUUUCUUUCAUGCUGUGUUUCUGUAAUUUACAAUUAAAAAUACAGUUGAUAAAGAACAACACGAAAAGGCGAACAAAUAAGACAACGAUAUUUUAGUAAUUUUUAUGAGCAUUGUUAUAUAAAAACUGUAUAUGAAUAUUAAGUUCUAUUUAAAAAAUAUUGAUCGAUGUGGAUCCAUUUUUGUUUGUGUGUUCCAAUUUUGUUUUUAAAAAGGUCAAUUUCUUCUUCUGUCUGUAUCCUUAACUUCAAAUAAUUUAAGAAUAUGUUAAAUUUUGAAAUACAUUUCUUUAUUUUCAUAUUGGAUAUGAAUACUUUCAUCGAAAUGAUAAUAAAAUUGAGAACUUCACUGUGUAAUUUUAUUUCUGUAUUUCCAAGGAAAGCAGAUGUUUUAUUUAUUUCAAUGUCAAUUUUCACUUGUUUAAGGAACGUUUGCAGUUCUGUCCAAAGAAUUUGGCCAUAUGAACAUUCCCAAAACAAAUGAUCGAUUGUUUCAACGCUUUCUUGACAAAAAUCACACAGGCUGCUAUUUUUUAGUUUACAUUUCAUAAGAAACUUAUUUGUUGGAAUGAUUCUGCUGUUUUGUACUGUUUGUCAAUCGGUCACUUGCCUUAAAUAAUGGACCAAUUAAUUGUUUUAAUGAAAAUUCAAUACUGCUCCAGCAGCUGGAGUUUUACUUCUUUAUAUUGAUAAGAAUCUGAAUUAAAAGUUACGUAAGUAAGUAUCUAUUGUUGACUUAAAUGGAAGUGUAUAUAUUGUUCUCCAGUUGAGGUUUUCAUUUAAAUUAAGGCAUGAAUUCCAUUUCCUUUCUAUACUGUUGUCGAUAUUACUUUGUGAUUGUAAUUGUAUAUUGUAGAGAGUUUUGUUAACCUGUUUUGAGUUUUCAAUUAUAUCAACAAAAGUUGUCUCUGAUAUAGUUAAUGCAUUAAUUCCUUGCGUAUACAAUAUUGAUUUAUAUUAUUUUGGUAUAGCAGAAAUUAGUGAGUAGAAGUUUAAAAAUUCAUGAGAGUCAAUGUUGUAUAAAUAUUUUAAUUCAUCAAAUGUAUAAUAAUGUAUAAUAAGUAUCUUUUCGAUAGUUGUACAACUGACCGAUAGUUUUUAUACAAUUGUUAUACCAGUUUGUAAAAAAGAAAGAAUUGUUAUUUACCUUUAUGCAUUUAUUAUUCCAUAUUACAUGUUUACAUAUGGGAGAACUUUUUGAAACCUUAUAUUGGUUCUUAAUACUUUGCCAGGAUGUAAGUACAUCUUUUAAGAACACAUUAUUUUUACUUACAUUUUGUAUUAUAGAAUCAUCUCGAUUGCUUUCAAAUAUAAGACAGUUAUCGAAUUUGUUUAGUUUUUUUCCAAUAGAAUUUUCCAUUUACCUUUAUUAUUUUUAUCCUGAUAAAGUUUUACCCAGCUCGCUUUAAUGGCAUUUAGAAAACAAUCAAUAUCCGUUAGUUUAAUGCCACCAUUUUUAUAAUUUUGUGUCAGUUUCCUUUUAAUUUUGUCUGGCUUAUUGUCCAAUAUGAAUUCAAAUAUUGCUGUUUUUAAUCCUUCUAUUACUUUUUUAGUUGGGUUAGGGAGAACAGAAAAGGGAUAAAUUAAUUUUGGUAGCGCAAACGUUUUUAUUACUGUGACCUUUACCAUAAGAGUGAGUUUCCUAUGUUGCCAUUGUUUUAAACAGCAUUCAAAUUCUUUAAUUUUGGCAUUAAAUUGUGUAUGUUUAAUUUUUUAAUAAUGAAUUUGUUUUCUGUGCUGUAUUUGAUGUUUGAGUUUUUUAGUGAUCCGAUUCUCAUGACUGUAGAUUUUGAUGCGUUGAGGUUUAGUCCUGAUAUUUUUCUGAAAUUUUUAAGAGUUUGAACUAAUAUUUCAAAUGAAUUAGGCGAACCAUCAUUAAAAAUCAUCUGCAAAGAAGGUCUGUUUUAUUUCGGCCACAUGUAUCUUUAUCCCUUUAAAAUUAUUGUUUUUAUUUAUGUAGUUUGACAGUAAUUCUAAACAUAUAAUAUCACUUGACGAACACCUUUUUCUAUUUUAAAAUUCCUAGAAAGAUGGUCAUUAUUAAUAAUGACACUAUUUAUAUCAUUAUAAAAUACCUUAAUCCACUGAAAAUGUGUGGCCCGAAAUUUAGGUGAUUAAGACAUUUUAUUAUAAAGAGAUGGUUCAAACUAUCUAAUGCCUUCUCAAAGUCUGCAAAAAAUAGAAGUCCAGGUUUAUUAUGAUUCUCUAGAUAUUCAAUAACAUCGAAUAUUAACCUAACGUUUUCACCAAUAAAUCUGUUUUUCAUGAAACCUGUUUGAUCAAAACUUGUUAUAAGUGGUAGAACCUUUUUUAUACGGUUUGCAAUUGCUUUAAUUGCGAUUUUGUAAUCUAUAUUCAACAAACUUAUUGGUCGCCAAUUUGAAAUAUAAUCAAGGUUUUUAUCUUAUUUAGGAAUAAGAGUUAUAAUACAUUGUUUUUGUAAGGCAGUAAGUUCACCAUGUUCAAAAGAGUAAUUUAUUGAUUUAAUGUAGUGUUCUUUCAAGGUGGACCAAAAUAUUUAAUAGAAUUCAACGGUCAGUCCGUAAGAGCCUGGACUUUUAUUGUAAGCCAUUUCUAAUAAAGCACAUCCACACUCAUAAUCAUUUAAUUUUCCUUCACAUUGAGAUUUAUGUUCUUCACUGAGUUUAGUUAUUGGCACCUGAAAGAAAUCAGAAUUGUCGUCUCGUUCAUUUGUGUUUUUUUUGUUAAGUGAUUCAUAAUAAGCUGCUUCUGCUUCUAGUAUUUCAUCUUUUUCUUUUAAUUUUUUUUCAUUAACAAUUAAUUUAUGAAUCGUUUUUUUUUCUCAGCUUUCCUUUUUUCUAAGUUGACAAAAUAUUUAGAUUUUUUUUCAUUUCCUUCUAUUUUUAUAGCUUGCGAUCUUAAAAUAUAUCCAUUAACUUUUUUUUUUAUAAAGUUGUUCAAUUCUUCUUUUUUUGUUUUGAUUGUUUGUUUUAUUUCAUCAGUCAAGUCGGAAAAGUUAAAUUUCAUUAAAUCCUCUUCUAAAUGUUUGAUUUCUGAACUUAAUAUUUCUUCGUUCUUUUUUGUUGUUUUAUUCUUUGAUGAACAAUAGCUUAUUGUUUCAUUGCGAAUAUUACUUUUUAUAAGCUCCCACAUUGUAUUUGGAUUACAAUUUUCGUUUAAGGAUGUUAUGUCAUCUAUACAUUUUUUUAUUCUGUUUUGAUAUUCAGUGUCUAAAAGGAUUGAAUUGUUAAUUUUGAAAUAACCAGAACCUUUUCCUAAUAAUAAGUUGCCUACACUUAAUUGUACAAGAGAAUGAUCUGUUUUAAACGAAGGUUUACUAUUACAUUUUGAUAUUAUGUUACAUAGGUUUUUAGAUAUUAAGAAAAAGUCAAGUCUACACAAAAUGCGUGAUUUACAAUCAGAUUGCCAAUUGACCUGUCUUUUUUCUGGAUGCUUAAUUCUCCAGAUGUCACAUAGAUCAUAAGUGUCAAUCAAAUCGUUUAAUAUUUCCUGCAUUGUAAAUGUGUUCUAAAAUUGCCAUUCUUUUUGUCCAGUUCUGCAUCUAAAACAGUGUUGAAGUCUCCGCCUAUGAUACAGUUUUUAUCGCUGUUCGAAAACAAGUAUUCGUUUAAUUUUUUUAAAAUGUAUAAAUCAUCUUUAUUUGGCCCGAAAAUAUUUAUAAGGGUGAUUGUUAUAUUUAGAAUUGUGAUAUAUGCAGUAAUUAAUCGUCCGAUUAUGAUUUCAUUGAAAUUUGAAAUUUGAUAGUUCUAGAUCACUAUUUGGGUGUAGAAAUAUUCCUACACUUUCGCUGUUGGUUUUGCUGCCACAUGUUGGGAAUUUAGCGCGUCGUCGUGUGACGCCGCCGUUGGCGCGCCGUUGUGUGACGCCGCCGAAAAACGUCAUAUACAUGCACGUCAUCUUGUUAUUGUUGUUUCGGUUGAUAUAUAGUUAUGAUUGAGAAAGGACGACAUUAAAACGUAAAACACAACGCUAUUCUUAUUUAUUCAAUUCAAGUAGACAUUUUGGUGCCGUGACUAAAAACUAAGGAUGUCGUCAACAAAAACAGAUAAGUUAAAGGGGCAGAGACUAGGAAAUCAGAAAGUAAUCGAGCGAUUACUCGAAAGAUUAGACGAAAAUGACAAAUUGCAGUUUGAACCAACCAUCGUUGAAAUAGAGAACCAGUUGGAGAUAAUACGAGGUUUAAAUGAGGAAAUAAUCGCACUAUCAGACGCGGAAUCGACCCCAGACGAGCUGUUGGACUCGCAGAUGUACGUUUUUGACAUGGAAGCGAAGCUUCGGAGAUACCGUCAAAAUCUGCGUGAUCACCCAUCUUCAAGUAGUACAGCCGUCCAUGAUAGUAGUCUGUCGAUGUCCGUUCUGCAGCCAACCGAGCCAUCCAAUACACGCUAUCGAAGCGUAGAUGAAGAACCACACGCGCCUCUGCAGUUACCUACCCUACCGACAUCAUCCGAAAACGUGAAUCGGUCGUCGCUUUCGGCCUUUCAUCAACCCCGUCAAGUCUCUACCACCAUCGCUGACACCAACGUAAUGCAACCAGUCCAGCAGAACGUUAAGCACCCAACAUCCGGUGACACAAACACGCAUAACAAACCAUCGCCCAGUGAAAGUUCAAAUCGAUCUGGAGCCGCACAUAGCAAGUCUAGGGGAAGGAAUAAGGAGCAGGACGCUCGUUCGACGCCUCAAAAUUUGUCAGAGGCUAUGGGCGGGUCCGGCAAGCCUGAAAAGUCUACCAGAGAAAGUCAAAGCAAUAUUGAAACGGUCGAGUCAUGCAAAACUUUACAACGAGAUGCAGAGAGCGAACCUGUCGCCAUACUUAAGGCGUCGAGCAGAUCUGUGGGAUUAAGCGGUGUUCCUCGAACACCAAGUAAGUUUUCGGCCGACUAUCCCAAGGAUUCCGGGCUAAGUUUAAGCCGCACUAGGAAUGGCUCCUAUACGACGUCAGAUGGCAUUCCCCAGGAGCACGGGGUUAGUUUGAACAACAUUCCCAAACCGUCGGUGAGUUCAAACCGCACCCCCGAUGGACCCAUCGUGAGUUCGAAUAAAACUCCCCAGAAUCCUGGGAUACUCUCUGAUCACUUCCAGCGAGAGAUCAAGAAACUGUCCAAUUACUGGAGCCGACAGAGCCCACUAGCGGAGAGAUCGCCGCGACUGCGGAGCAACCGGAAGUCACUUUUUAACAUUAAAGAGGGCCUGGGAAAAUCAUCGCAAUCAACAGCAGUUCGAAAAAGAAUCAGAAGUCACGACUGCCCGGAGCAGACAGGCAAUUUGACAUCGGAGAAUCUUCCGGAAUCUCCAUUUCCGUCUACGAUUUCGGAUUCAAAAUCGCCAUCCAGUCGGAAAUGGCCGGAAACCAACCAUUCAGAAGAUCAGACGACAUCGGAAGCGCUCACUGCAAGCGUCGUUCCAAAGAGUGCAUGCACUGACGUCAUUCAAACACCGAGCAAAACACAUAGACGCCAAAACGGCAAAAGCUCAAUAAAUGACAAUAUUAUUUCAUGUAAAAAAGGAAACACUUGUAUGCAAUUCGAAACAUCAGCGCAUCUACCCCACGGAAGAAGACUGACUGAACUUCCAUACAGUGACGCUAAAGCCGUUGGUGAUAGUUUAUUCCCCAACGUUACACGUCGUGAUAACACACAACGCACACACAACGCGCACAGGCUCGCGUGCGUCUUAUCGAACAGUACCGUCACCGAUGGACUCACGAAUAUCUGACGUCACUGAAGGAAUUCCAGACGAAAGGCGGCAACAAUCAUCAGACGAUACGUUUGGGCGACGUUGUUAUCGCGCAGGACGACUUCAAACCGCGACUUCAGUGGACUCUGGCUGUGGUAGACGAGCUUCUCACCGGAAAUGAUGGGCUGACGAGGGCCGCGCGCCUCGGUACAUCAGGUGGAAUCACCACGAGACCUAUCGUCAAAUUAUACCCGCUAGAAGUACACUGUGACGACAACUGACUUUAAUUGUGUGCAAUCAAGUGUUAAACUCUUUCUGGUGUCAUUGACAUUUGAAGUUUCAAAAACAUCAGUAGAUUUAAUUAUUUUAUUUUAAUAAGCAUAUUUUGUAAGUGUAUAUUAACAUUUCGCGGCCCGGAGAAUGUUGGGAAUUUAGCGCGCCGUUGUGUGACGCCGCCGUUGGCGCGCCGUUGUGUGACGCCGCCGAAUAACGUCAUAUACAUGCACGUCAUCUUGUUAUUUUUUGUUUCGGUUGAUAUAUAGUUAUGAUUGAGAAAGGACGACAUUAAAACGUAAAACACAACGCUAUACUUAUUUAUUCAAUUCAAGUAGACACCACUAUAAAAAAAAUCGACCAGGCCAGUCAUGCUACCACGGCUCAAUAUUUUGUUCUGUUAAAUGUGUCUCUUGUAACAUAAAAAUCGAGUAAUUUAGACCUCGAAGCCAUUUAAAUACUUGGUUUCUUUCCUCUUUGUUUCCUAAACCUCUAUCAUUUAAUGUAAAUAUUGCCGUUUCCAUUUGCUCCUUAAAAAGCCCAUUUUAGUCAAUAGUUUCAUUUGAUUUUGUUCGUGAGCCGUUAUUUACUGCAAUGCUACGCAGAAUCUUAACAAGGUAGGUAAUGUCAUAUAUAUUUUUUAUAGUGUUAUUUAAUUUGUAUUUGAAAACAAUGCAUGAUUUCUUUUUAUAUGUUGUUUAAAAUUUGUAGUUUUUUGUUCAGGGCGAAAAGAAAUGACGAAAUUUAGACAAAAUCUACAUGGUAAUGCAUCAACAAGAAUGUUAUAUGUUUGAAUACAGUUUUCCACCUUCAAUCUGUUUUAUAUUAAAAUAUACCAAAAAUGAAAACUGAUGGUAGAAGAAGGUUUUGUAUCGAUUUAACACGCAGUUUUCUAAGAGUUUAU